UAAACAAAAUAAACCAGUGGAAGACUGAAUAGUCACAGUAGAAAGAGUUCACCACUAAACACCACUAACUCUUUUCUCUAUAACAGAGAGAGAGAGAGAGCAGAGAUCUCCGGAGGAAAUUAUCCAGGGAUUUUCUUGAUUAAUUUUGAUCUUUUUCAGAGCAUUGCAGAUCUAGCUUGGGUACAUCUAGGGGUUAGGGUUUUGAGAUUCAGUUGCAUGUUUUACUAGUGAACCGAAGUAAUGGCGUCUGCGUAUCCUGGUACUGUUACUGCUUCUCAGGUGGGUUCGUACUUUGUUGGGCAAUACUACCAGGUUCUUCAAAAACAACGUGAUUUAGUUCAUCAGUUUUAUACUGAUAUAAGCACCAUGCUCCGUGUCGAUGGAACUAAUAGUGAAACGGCCGUCGGUAUGCUGCAAAUUCAUACAGUUAUAAUGGCGCUCAAUUUCACUGAAAUUGAGAUCAAGACAGCACAUUCUUUGGAUUCAUGGAAUGGAGGUGUUCUUACCAUGGUUUCUGGUUCUGUGCAAACAAAGGACUACGCAGGCAGAAGAAAUUUUGCACAGUCCUUCUUUCUUGCUCCUCAGGAGAAAGGCUACUUUGUUCUCAGUGACAUCUUUCACUUCCUUGCGGAGGAGCAAAUUCAUCCUCAUCCAUCUGACAUGGCUACGCAUAGUCAAUUUGAUUCCACACUUGAUAGUUCUACCUCUUAUCAGGAGCCAGUUUCUGAUUACUUGCAAGGUGGAGAAACACAGGCUAGAGAUUUUGAGGACUCGGCCAAUGCUGAAGAAAAUGACUCAGCCGAUCAGUACAUACACUCGGAGCAACAGGAACAGCAUUAUCCUGAAAUUGACGAAGUGGAACCACCAACGCACGCUCUCGAAGAAUUUCACCUGGAAGAGGCUGCACCUGCGUAUUUGAGUGAAAUGAGCAGUACCAUGCAAGAGUAUGCUCCUAUCCCUGUUGAGGAACCUGUUGGAGAACCUCCAAAGAAAACAUACGCUUCUAUUUUGGCUAGGGGUCAAUCUGCAGCGGCUCCUCAACAAUCUGUGAGCAAGAGUGUCCCACCCACUUCAGAAUGGAAUCAUGCACAACAACCUUCCCAGCAGGCAUAUCCUUCACUGAGAUCUGGUUCGGAAAGGUCUAACGCUGAACCAGUUGAGGAUGCAUCAUUUGAAGAAGGUGAAGGAGUAUCUGUUUAUGUGAGGAAUUUGUCCUCUACGGUUACCGCUUCUGAAAUUGAGCAAGAGCUUAAACAGUUUGGUAGAAUCAAGCCUGAUGGAGUCGCCAUUAGGGUUCGCCAGGAUAUUGGUGUUUGCUAUGCAUUUGUUGAAUUUGAAGAUGCUACUGGUGCUCAAAUUGCUAUUCAGUCAUCUCCAGUACAGCUUAAUGGACGUGCCGUACACAUCGAGGAGCGGAGGCCAAACCCCAGUGGCGCACGUGGAAGAGGAAGAGGUGCUAGAGGAAGGGGAGGCUACCAGACAGAUGCUUCUAGAGGUGGUCGCUUUGCCGGUGGACGGAGUUUUGGGAGAGGCAAUGGACAAGAUGGAGAGUACUACAAUAGAUCAUCAAGAGGAAAUGGUCUCCAUCACCGUGGGUCCCGACAAGAUGGUAGAGGGGUAUUAUCAUCAAGAAAUGGACAAGAUUAGUCUUUAGAGUGAAUUAGAGAGACUUAAGACGGCACAGAAUUUUUGUUCUGGUGUAGUGAUCGUUUCUUAGUGAACUUUUAUUUGUUUACAGGAUUUUGGAACAAAAUUUGUAUUCAUAUUUUUGAGCGGUGCAGUUUUGGUAUACUGUUAAGUUUUACUGGGUUCCCUUUUAAAUCAAACAAGGGACUGCAGUGGUCUUUGCCUCUUUAUGUUUUGUGAUCUUCUUGUGUUAAUGUUUUGAUAACCAACUACGAAUGAUAUAUUGCCAAGACUUCAUCUUCUCUUCAA